AUGCCCAAGAAACAGGACACCGACAAAGAAGCAGCACAAAAUGCUAACGAAGAACUGCCUACAAACAGCAGUGCGGAAGAGGACACAAUAAAGGUUUUGGUAGAAACGAGCCAGUCAUAUGUGACGGCAUCUAUAUCAUCGUCAUUGCUAUUCCUUGCAAUACCACUGUGGUUACUGAUUAGCCCGACAAUGGCAAGUGGCGUAAUUAGCGUACCACCCAUCAAGGGCUGGUUUGAAUUACGCAUCGAUAAUGAUUGUCAAUCCAUGAAUAACACAACACGCUACAUCAAGUACUUACUACCGAUACCUCCAACUGAAAAAGGAGCCAAUGUGCAAUUACGUACUUCAGCACAAACGAGUACAAGAGCAACACUGGCUGGUGACACACCAAAGUUUUGUGAACAUCAAUAUCUGCUCUCAAAAAGCUUACUGGGAAACCCCCACUGCUGGCCUGCUCGAGCAAUCCCUACUUCAGCAGUGUUAAUUCAUCUCAUAAUAGCAGCAUUCAUGUUUGCUGCAUGGGUUGCCAAAGAUGAAAUCUCACGAGAAAUACUAAGACCAGAAGACAAUGAAACAGAUGCAUCGUCAGCACCAAUUUGUAGUUUCGAACUAACACCACUCCCUAGUGCUGUGGUUGCAUUAUGUGCCCUAGUAUGUUUAGUAUCGCCCACAGGCGCAUGCCAGUACGGCUUCAUUUGUCACUCGGCUGACCUCGUGUGCAAUGAAAACAAUCGAUGUCAUCUAGAAUAUAGCAGAGAGCUUUUAUUCAACAAGCUCCGAUCGGAGUUGUGUAUUGAAAUUCUACAUGCUAAUAAAACCGUUGGAUCAGCCAAGUUGGUCAAAAAAGCUGUCGAAUUUGAGUGCUCUAAAAUAACAGAAUUUUUCACUAGGCCAACGAAAUUAACAAUAUAUCAAUCCAAACGCUGCGCUAAUGCGGGGUCAUGCAUUGAGUACAAAUGCGACAGGCUCAAGCAAAACGAAACGGUUGCACAGUUGAGUCACAGUGCGAAAUAUCCAGGAUACUCCGGCUGUAUGAACAGUUGCGAAGGGAUGUUCUGUAGAUGCUUCCUACCUCUACCUUGCUUCUGGUUCUAUAGAAUCGCCCACAGACCAGUAUCUGACCGAAUGUUCGAAAUAACACAAUGUCCUCAUUGGACCACU